AUGUGCACUACCCCUGGCUCUGCUUCUUGUCCGAAAUGCACCCCUCGCGGCAACUGGGCUAAAACAGCCAUGGUUUCAGACAUGGGGAUUGCCAACAUUCGCCAAAGCGUGUUGGGGGGCUCCAACAUCCUAACCGUGUCGCGCAACAUUGAAAGCUCCCCCCACAAUAUCCUCCACAACACGCUGAACGGUCCGAUGGCCAACGCCCAGAUCUCCCCCAUGGACCCCAUCUUUUUCAUGCACCACAAUACGAUCGACUUGCUGCAUACCAUCUACUACCACUGCAAAGUCGAGCCGGCCAACUUGAGCGACUUGCAGCAGCAAAACGACGCCCGGUCGUUCCAGGGCUGCUCCACCAGCAACGGCGAAACCGUCGGGCCGACGUCCUCCCUUCGCAUGCGACUUGUCGUUUCGGGCCAAACGAUUGAAGUGGCCAACGACCCGCUUAUUGGGUCGUUCUUCAAGGACUUGCCCACGCAGUACUACAAACUCACGGAUACCCGUCAAUUGGGCUACUCGUUUGUUGUGAAGGGACUGCUGGGGGACAUGUACACCACAUGCGGAAGCAGUAGUAGCUCCACCCGUGGCAUCGAGAGCGUUCGAGAAGUGCGUCAUGCCAACGUGACCAUUGACCACGUCGUCGAGCCAGUCGUGUUGGCUGAAAACAAAAAAGUGCUGGCGUUCGAAGACGCCGUCCUCGCCCAAGCCGACAGCCAGGGACUGACCACGGACGAAGCGUACUUGGAGGUGCAAAAGAUGAACUUGUUGCUGCAGGAAAACUGCCUGCCGGGGUCCGUCGCGGACUUUACGCCAGAGUUCAAAGCCGAGUGGCACAUCACAGGAUCGUCCAAGUCGUUUGCCCUGUUGCAGGACAUCAAAAGUGGGGCCAAUCCCGUCCGCAUCGAGCACUGGCAAGAUAUCCUCGCCCAGUACUUCCACUGCCGCGGCGAUGUCAAGGAAGUUGCGUAGAAUGAUGACCAAGGAAGUGUACUUGGAUUCUCAAUUUGAUUUGCAUGAAACGUUUUGUUUGUGGUUAGCUAAUCAUGACUCGACCCCGCCCACGAACUGUAUGUUACUUCAGCUUAGAAACCCAUAUAUAUAUAAUAUACAUGUAAUGCCUAUUCUCAGGGCUAUUUUGCAUCGCC